CGCGCACUCAAUUGGAUUGUGCUAAAAAAUAAAAUGAGAAAUCUAAAAUCUUCAUACAUAUCUGCAUCUACAUGGAAAAGCCAAACUGGUGCUGGACUUCUAUCAGAAGGAUUAGAUAACAGCGUUACAGAAUACAUACAAAGGGUGUGUCCCUUCUGGAAUAUUCUUGAACAAAUUUUUGGCCAACGUAAGAAUGUGAAUCCAGCGAUCAUCAUCGAAACAUCACAUUCUGGUUUUAAUGAAUCAGUGAGCUAUGAUCAACUUGAAGAGCCACUUACAUUACCUGUAGAGCCAGCAAAUGAAAUAUUUGAUGGAGAUGAUGCAGCUUUCAAUUUCGACGAUGUGUAUGGAGAAAAUCUAAUUUGGGAAGAUACAAGACCAGCAUCCGAUGCAGAAAUUGAAACAAAUUUUGAUCCAGAAGUGAUACAUAAUGAGCAGGAAGAAAUCAACAUCGAGUCGUCAGAUACACCUACAACAUCGACAAGAAACAGGAACUUGGAGACAUUAAAAACUAAGUUGAAGCAGGGACAAAGAAAAACUAAGUGUUCCUCUAAUUCAGGAUCAAUUUCAGCACUUGUUGCAAUGCAGGACAAGAAAUUGCUUUUUGAGGAAAAGAAGUGGGAGAGACAAAGGGAGUUCGAUGAACAAAAGUUGGAAAUUGAGAAAGAAAAGAUCAAUUUGGCUCGAAUGCAAAUAGAGCAGCAAACGACUAUCCAAAAGUUAGAGAUAGAACGUGAUGAGCGCCUUGCCUUGGCCAACAUGAAAAUAGAAGCCGAAGUGCGGGAACGUGUUCAGAAAUAUGAAUUAGAAUUAAGGGCACGAUACAAUAACCAUUAAGUUCAGUUUUAAAUAAUUUAUUAUACACACAAACUAUUUAUUCAUUCAUUUCUCUCAAGAUCUCUAAAAGCGCUCGACGCUUCGUUACUCCUUCAAUACUACAAUUAUCACCAUUCUCGCGAACAAAAUCUUCGAUUUCAUUUCUGUUCUCGAUCGACGGUUCAAAAUUUUCCUCGUUUUUUUGUUCUACUACGAUAUUAUGUAAAAUAGAACAAACCAAUAUCCAUCGGCAAGCAUAUUUAACGGAAUCGUUAUCUUUUAAUUCAAUUUUAAGUUCUUUCAAAGAAUUAAAGCUUUCUUUUAAUAGACCAAAGGUAUGCUCAACUCUAAUACGGUACUUGCUCAGUUUUCUGUUAAAAUAUUUUCGCUCUUUCAGACUUCCUUCUGUUGAAUUUGAUCUAUAUGGAGUAAUAACUGUUUCUGUCAGUUUGUACGCACUAUCACCCACUAUCCACUCAUGUUCACUAAAAUAUUGAGAAGGGUAUUUUGAUAAAUCGCAAUUAUUGUAAAUCCUGCUAUCAUGAACACUUCCGGGAUAACCCAAAACCAAAUGUCGAAUUUUAUUCUCGUAGUCACAUACAG